GCUGCCUGCCUGCCGCAGAUGGCUGAAACUCCUAGACAUUUUCCACAUUUAAAUGUUUUAUGAAGGAAAUAAAACACAAGGCUGGAUUAGAGUUGCCACUGAGCGUUACAAGCUUUUUCAGAUGUUCAUAUGAACAGUUUUACUUAUCAUUUCUACUUCCAUCAAACCAGCAAAUGAAACUCCUCAAGUUUAUGGUGCUUUAACUCUCUUCUUCAUUGAGCCUACAGGAGACAUUCCCUUUUCUGACAGCAGCCUUCCUGAGUCAGUAUUAUACAUUCAGAAGAAAAAAAAAAAAAAGCAAGUGUCAUUUGCAAAGCAUUCCUUCCUUGCCAAAUACACAGUGGUUCCAGGAGAGAAAUGCCACACGCCUCUAUUUCCCGGGGCAGAUAAGUCCAGACGGAACACCGAGUGUUCUAUGGCUGCUGGGUACAUAGCGUUCAGUUCCAGAGCCUUCUCGGCACUUGUUUCCUGCGGAACCCAUUUUUCGUUUUUAUUGCUUUUCUGUUCUUUGACUCAGCCUGUGUGAAUCUUGCCACUGAAAUCUCGGAUGCACCCAACUGAAAUCUCUCAUCUGGCUUUUAUUUGUGCCUGCGUGUGUGUGAGUGUAUGCCUGCGUGUGUGUGAGUGUGUGUGGAAAACCACCCCCAGACGACCGAACUUCAUCUGAAGCGGCUCGAGGGAGCCGAUGUCCGCCAGGGGGCGCCGCCCCCCACCCCAUCGCGGGGACCAGGCGGGGGCCGCGGGGCCUCGGCGCCUUCAGGGCGCGGCCGCGCGCGCGGGGACUCACCGUGCGCACCGCCCGCGUGGCGAGGGGACGCGGGCUGCGGGGGCCCGGCGGGCUGUCCUCACCCCCUGCGGAGCGGGCGACCGGGCGAGCGGGCGGCCGGGCGGGGAGGGCGCGGCGCCGGGCGGAGCGCUGCGCCGUCGGGUCCCCGAGCCCCUAAUGGGCCGCGCGCGGCCACAGCCCCGGAGCCGCGGGACCGGGCGAAGGAAACGGCCCUGCCGGAUGGAGAUCGAUCUCGCUCGGAGACGGCUGAGUCGGCGCUGCGGUUCCCCGGUGGUCUGGCUCCUCGCGCCAGAUGCCCUUUCCUGGUGCAGGUGCUGCAGCCAUCGGGCUUCUGUCAAGUCUGAAUUUCUCGCCAAAGGCCCCUGUAUCCUGAUUGGAGAGGUCAUGAAAUCCAAGGCCCUGUGCUGCUGGGCUGGACGUGCUGUGCAGAAGUGAUUCCCCACGUGCUCACCCACUGGCCUUCCUCCGCUACUGGGACUCAAGACUGCAGCCCUGUCUCCUUGGGUCCUGGUGGACAGUGGCAAAGGCGGGACGACAGAUGGUUUAUGUGUUGAAAGUGCUCUCCUGGACUGUCUGCAGGGUGCUGGGACUGAAGUCCUGCUGGGGCUAAAUGUUCUAUAUCAGUUGCUCUGCCUUCUCCACUGGGUGGUCAUUCCCAAUCCUGGCUCCACGCUUUACCAUCUGCACUGGUCUCCAGUUGUCCCCAAGUCCUCAUUCAUUCUCCACCUAUCUCUACUCUGCUCAGCAUCCCAGAGGCUGUUCUUUAUGGCCUGUGUCCCUUGGCUCUCCUGCCUUCUCCCUUCCAGCUGGGCUUAGCUGUUGUCUGGAGGAGAGAAGAGUCACGAGUCAGGGUGUGUCUGUUGCUCUGCUUCUUCCCUGCUGGGGUCCCUUGGGGACUCUGGCUCCUGUCAGGGACUAGACAAGACCCAAACUGUCCACCUCAUCACAAAGCAGGCUGCUGAAAGGUUCUAGACCUCAGGCUCAGAGCCAGGACCCAAGUCAGACAGGACAGACAGAUCUCAGGACUAGACAGCCAUCACUCCUGUCUGCUGCCUGGAAACACUGUUCAGCCUGAGAAAAGGAGUGGCAGGUGGCUGAGCAGAGAGAGCUGCUAGACAAUCCCAGGCUCCUCCACUGGCUGCUUGAGAUGGAAAAGUCCUGGGUCAGAUUUUGUCCCCCCGCCAAGACGUAAAGUUGUCCUCUUCAUUCUUUAAGUCCCUAACUUUGGUUGGAAUUUUACAUGGAUUUGAUCAUCCAUGGGGCUUCCUUCCCUGAUGGCUAGAAUGGUAAAGAAUCUGCCUGCAAUGCAGGAGACUGAGGUUGGGUCCCUGAAUUGGGAAGAUUCCCUGGAGGAGGGCAUGGCAACCCACUUCAGUAUUCUUGCCUGGAGAAUCCUGUGGACAGGGGACUAUAGUGCGUGGGGUCGCACAGAGUCGGACCUGACUGAAGCAACUUAGCCUGCCUUGUUAACCCAGGCUCCUGGGACAUGGCCCAGGAAGACCCACGCUGGGUGGAAUUCAGUACCACUGUGCCUAGAAAUUUUGAGAAUACUGAGUGCUAUGAGGGUCUAGCUGCCACUUACCUGCUUCUGUGUGGAGUGAAUACAGUUGAAUACUUUACCCUUUCUUCUUGGGUUCAGUUUUCCAUCCCUCUUGUUAUUUAUUUCCUCUUCACCAAACCCCUCUAAUUUUCCCUUGCUUUUCCAAAAUUUCAGUUCUUAAGAUUAGAAAGAUCAUUUCUUUUAAAUUCUUAAAUUCUUUUGAAGUAAAUGCCAGUUGAUUAUGUUGGGGUUUUCUUUAUUUAUUAUUUACUUUUAUUGGAAUAUAGUUAAUUUACA